AUGGGCAAAGAAGAUAAGAAUGGGGAAGUCACGUCUGGGUCAAACCGUGAUCAAGGAAUCAUAUCCCUUCAAUGCCCAAAACUAACUGAAUCAAAUUCCACCCAAUGGGUAAUUCUGAUGGAAACGAUUUUAAAGGCUUGUAGUCUUUGGGAAGCGAUUGAUUCAGAAGAGGCGGAUGAAAAAAAGGCACAUACAACGAAAGCGAUGAUCUUCCAAACGUUACUGGGAGAUAUUUUAAUGCAAGUUGCUCAAUACGAGAGUGCAAAGGAAUAUACGGGUAAACCUUGGUUCGACACUAUUGUGGCAACUAUCGAACAAUCUCAAGAUCUAGAAAAGAUGAAGUUUGAAGAAGUAGUAGGAAGGAUAGUAGCGUUUAAGGAACGUAUCAAAAGCCAAGACGAAUUGGAAGAUAAUGAUCAAGGAAAACUUCUAAUAGCAAGUGGAAAUAAUCGUUUAGAAAGUUGGCAUCAUGGAAAAGGACGUGGUGACGAAAGCCAUGUUAGAGGACGUGGAAGAAGACCUUUCAGACGAGGAAUAGGACGUGCAGGACGUGGAAGAGAUGUUGGCCAAACAAGCAAUGACAAGAGUAGAUUCAAAUGCUAUGAAUGUGGUGAAUGUGGACAUUUCGCAUACGAAUGUACAAGACGAAGGGACAAAGAGAAAGAAAAGGAAGAAAAGGCACAUCUCGUGUGGGAUGAUGAAGAACUAGCACUACUGUAA